AUGGUCAGAUUCAAAAACCGUUGGCUUCUCGUUGAAUUCAUACCUGUUCUACAAGGGCAUGCCCAACUCGGCAAAUCCACGUUCGGGAACGGUUCGUUGUUGGAUGGGAAAGCAAUAUGGGCUUCCUUGAAGCAGAGUGUGUUGACAAACUUUGGUGACACGGGAUGGGGAGCUGUAGGAUUGUCUCUCACUGUCAAAUACUUUUCGCCUACGACGAAUAUUUGUAUCAUACGCGUUGCCCGAGAUCAGCAUAACGUUGCAUGGGGAGCUUUAACUCUUCUCUCUAUCAUUGAUGGAGUAAGAUAUAUCCCGAAUGUCGUCCAUGUAUCAGGAACAAUAAAGCAUGCCCAACUAUCCGCCAUAUCACACAACAGAGAAGUCAUAGCUCGUUACCGUGCAUUAGCCAAGAACAGUGAUUACGAUGACAUUUAUGACACCUAUCUUGAUAACAGCGAACGAGAAAUAGAAAGUCUUCAAGAUUAG